AUGUGGGCAGGUUCUGUUGCACUUAGUAGAUGGAGGUGGCCGAUCACCGGCCAAGCGCCGGCGGCUUCCGGUGGGAGUCUGGUAUUCCGGCUACGGCUUCCGACGAGGCCAUUAAUUUCUGAGUGUCUGGAAUUUGGAAUUGCCAGAGAGUGCUUCACCACAAACGACAGAAUCUUUGCUUCCCGCCCAAAACUCGUAGCCGGGAAACUGCUGGGCUACGACCAUGCCAUGCUGGGGACGAGCCCAUAUGGCCCAUACUGGCGCCACGUCCGCAAAAUAGCGACGCUCCAACUCCUCACCAACCACCGCCUCCACCAGCUCCAACACAUCCAAAUAUUAGAGGUCCGGGAUUCCAUUAACAAACUACACGAGUUAUGCGUCAACGACAAAAAGGACAGCAGAAGAGUGUUGGUGGAGAUGAAUGCAUGGUUUAGAGACCUAACUCUGAACACGAUUUUCAAGAUGGUUAUUGGAAAGCGAUUCUCAACUGCUUUUGAGGGCAGCGGCGGGGCGCAGUAUCGGGAGGCGGUGCGGAGUUUGAUUGAACUUUUUGGGGUAUUCGUUCCUUCGGAUUCGUUUCCAUUUCUGAGGUGGUUGGACUUGGGAGGGUAUGAGAAGGCCAUGAAGAAGGCGGGGAAGGUGCUGGACGAGGUGUUUGAUAAAUGGAUCGAAGAGCACCGCAAAAAGAAGAAUUCUGGUGAAAUGGAAAUGAAAGAGCAAGACUUCAUGGAUGUGAUGCUUUCUACUGUUGAAGACGAUGGACAGUUAUUUGGCUAUGAUGUCGAAACAGUCACCAAAGCUACUUGUUUGACUAUGAUAUUGGGUGGAGCUGACACUACAACAAUAACAAUGACUUGGGCUCUCUCUUUACUGCUCAACAAUCAAGAAGCACUCAGGAAGGUUCAACGAGAAUUGGAUGAACAUGUUGGAAGGCAAAGGCGAGUGAAAGAGUCAGAUGUAAAAAAUUUGAUAUAUCUCCAAGCCGUUGUAAAAGAAACAUUGCGUUUGUACCCUGCAGUGCCGCUCUUAGUCCCUCAUGAAUCUAUGGAAGAUUGCACAGUGGCUGGCUACCACAUCCCUGCAGGGACACGUCUAUUGGUGAAUCUUAGGAAGCUCCAAAAAGAUCCACUUGUUUGGGAGGAUCCUUGUGAGUUUCGACCAGAAAGAUUUCUAACAAAUCAAAAAGAUGUUGAUGUGCGAGGGCAAAAUCUCCAACUAAUACCAUUUGGAAGCGGACGACGAGUGUGUGCUGGAAUCUCAUUUGCACUCCAAGUUAUGCAUCUUACACUUGCAAAUCUACUCCAUGAGUUUGAAAUUAGUUUAGGAAUGAUUUCACUAUUUGAAAUCAAAUUAUUCGGCAAUUGCGCAGAACUUAUAAAAUAUACUAAUUAGUAAUAUUUGGUUAUUGUCGUUGUUUCUUACUUUUGACGGAGUAUCUUGUAAUUGCUGCGAUAUAUAGAAAUAGACCAGUUCAUUAAGCUUAAAAGCUAC